GCUAUCGCAGUUUGUGGGACAUUUACUCGGAUGUUUGCUCAGAAGGGCGUGUGGGCAAACUGUCGAAGACAGGAGUGGUGGAACAUUGACAGCAAACGGUGUUUCUGGUGCUGUGCGUGGACCGCAGAGGUGGAGAAGACAAUGUCAGAUAAGACUCAGAUGCCGAGUAGGGAGCGCGCCCUCGCGGGACGGGAGGAGAAAAUGUCCGUCGCAGACAAGCAUGCAGUCAACGGCAAUACCACCGUGCAGCCUUUUCCAGAAGGCAUGGAGAGCAUCAUGUUUGGAAUGGGCUGUUUCUGGGGAGCUGAGAAACUUUUUUGGAAGCUUCCUGGGGUCUUCUCCACGCAGGUGGGCUUUGCCGGGGGCUUUACCCCCAAUCCCACCUAUCAAGAGGUAUGCUCAGGGCUGACUGGACACACCGAGGUCGUGAGGGUGGUCUUCUCUACCAAAGACAUUAGCCUGGAGGAGCUGCUUAAACACUUUUGGGAGAACCACGAUCCGACACAAGGUAUGAAGCAGCAUGCCGACGUCGGGACUCAGUACCGUUCUGUCAUUUAUGCAAGCAGUGCGGAUCAACUGGAGCCGGCAUUGAAGAGCAAAUUGGCCUACCAGAAGGAGCUUGAGGCAAAGGGCCUUGGCACCAUCACCACCGAAAUUCUGGAGGGGCAGCAGUUCUUCUACGCCGAGGACUACCACCAGCAGUACCUGAAGAAGGUACCCAAUGGUUACUGCGGCCUUAAAGGCACUGGAAUUUCCUGUCCCUUUGGAGCCGGAAAAGAUGAUUAGUGGCGAUUGUUUCAUGGCUGAUACUUCCAGCGCUAUGUGUAAGUGAUUCAAGUAUAGCAUAGAAACAGGGAUGAAUAAUGAUGAGUUAAUGGGAGGUUUUGUAAUUAUAGAUCUGCUUGGAAUUAACUGCCACUGAUCUUUUAGAGUUUAGUUUCAAUGCAGGAUUUCUUCAACUUACUCACCAAAUCGCUUUCUUCAUUCAACCGAAAUAAAAUUAGUGCUAAGUGCUUAAUCCAAAUGUAGAAUUAUGUAGAGCAGGGGUGUCCAAAGUGCGGCCCGGGGGUCAUUUGGGGCCCUUCAGCUAAUUGUUUAGUGGCCCGCCACACAUUCUGGAAAUGCUAUUGCAAAAAUAAAAAUAAAAAACACUGAAAAAAGUAGAAUGAGGUGAAAUCUAACGGGGAAAAGCUGCAAUGUUGACACAAAGCUGCCAUGCAGGCUGUUUGUUUUUCUUUUUUCUUUCUUUAUUUUGCUCUUAUUGCCAAUGCUAAAAAAAAAAAAAAAGUUAAAACAUUUUUUUAAUAAUGAAUUAUUGACCUAUUUAGGGCUCCAAUUACUUCAAAUAUUUCACUUUAUAAUGUGUUAUGUGGAAAAAAUUAUGUGCUUAAUUGUAUGGCUGCCAUAUAAAAACAGUGUUUUCUUUGACAAAAAAGCAAAAAUACAACAAAAUAAUAGUUCAAACGUAAAACCAAAACAAAAGUUUUGUAAAAACCCGUCACAUUUUUUCAAACAUUAUCUCCUCGGAGCGCGUUGGUCGUGUCGGCUUCAAACUCGCACAGGAGAGAGAUUGAACCCUUCUAAAUAAAAGAUAUCAAAAGAGUUUUGAUAACUGCUCCGGUUUUGAUUUUACGCGCCUUCAAAUAACCCCUGCGCCAAGUUUCCUAAAAUGUAAUUUUUGCCUCGUUGAGCUGUAAUUUGACCCCCUUAAAAUGCUUCAAAUUGCAAGUUAAAGCUCUAAUACGCAAAACAAAAGCCAUUGGAGCCAUGGUACGGUGUGGCGCAGUGGAAGAGUGGCCGUGCGCAACCUGAGGGUCCCUGGUUCAAUCCCCACCUAGUACCAACCUCGUCACCUCUGUUGUGUCCUGAGCAAGACACUUCACCCUUGCUCCUGAUGGGUGCUGGUUAGCGCCUUGCAUGGCAGCUCCCGCCAUCAGUGUAUGAAUGUGUGUGUGAAUGGGUAAAUUUGGAAGUAGUGUCAAAGCGCUUUGAGUACCUUGAAGGUAGAAAAGCGCUAUACAAGUACAACCCAUUUAUUUAUCAACAACAUCCAGAAAGGCCGAGCCGUAAUUUGACGCCUUUAACAUGCUUCAAAACUCACCAAAUUUUACACACACAUCAGGACUGGCGAAAAUUGCCAUCUAAUAAAAAACAAACCUCAAAAUAUUAAAUUGCGAUCUAGCGCCCCCUAGGAAAAACACAGACAAAACUGCUUGUAACUUCUGUUAGGAAUGUCGUACAGACAUGAAACAAAUACCUCUAUGUAGGUCUGACUUAGGACAGGGCUUGGGUCGCGGGGGCAGCAGCCAAAGCGGGCCCGACCAAUGCUGCUUGCAGCUUUAAUUUUUUUACUGUGUUUACUCAGAAAUAAUAAUACAUUUAAAUCAACGGUGUCCUGUAUUAUUGAUAUUUUUAGGGCUCCAAUUACUUCAGAUCAAACAUUGCUUUCUGAAUGUUUUGGGCAAUGGGGGAAAUACUGCAUAUUUCAGUUUUACUAUAGAAAAAACAAAGUUGUCUUUGACUGAAAAGGCAUAAAACCUUCUUUUUUUAAACUUUAUAUCAACCUGAAGCUGAUAAGUGCUCAAUCUAAAUGAAGAAUCAUGUUGAUACAGAGAUUUACUGUAAGCGUUACAUAAAAAAUGAAAAUAAUAAUUUGACUUAUUUUUAACAUGUUAAUGACGGAGACACUAUAUGGUCCCUGGGAGUCCUAAAGGUAAAAAAAAAGAAAAAUCCAUAUUUUUUGAUAUGGUUUGAAAAUGAAAAAUAUCAAAACGGCCCCCGCAUGGUUUAAUUUUUCCGUAUGUGGCCCUCAGUGGAAAAAGUUUGGACACCCCUGAUGUAGAGAUUUGAAACUACACGUGCAGUAACGUGUUCUGCCACAGGGUGGCGACAUUUGUUGUGGACAAAAAAAAGGGGAGAUGAUUCUUGCAUUUGAGUUGCAAUAAUUCAUACAAAAAUUACAUUUUUGAUUGAAGAUAGUGUUGAUGGUACUAAUGUUUUUAAGAAAAAACCUCAUUGAUUGUAAAAAAAAUAUAUACAUCACUCUCAAGCAUAAAGCUGUAGGCCUUCACAAUUGUACAAGCUGACCUAGACAAUUGUCUGAUGGAGGCUCAACUAACUUUUAUCAUUUGAAUAAAUCUCACUUUGGAAACGA